CUUGUCGCUCCCGUUCUCCAAUUGUUCGGCCGCUUGCUUACCUUAGCUCUGUCCCGUCACGUCUCUGCACUCUUGGAGCUACCUUGCAGUACCUUAUUACUACGGCACAAGCUCAACCAUCUAAGCCCGAAACCCAAAAACACCAUACACCUGUAUACCCGCCCGGGCCCAGGUAUAUAAUCCGAUCUCCCAAGAUCCUGUCACAAUCCAUCACCGACACCUGCCAUCCCACGGUUAAUUGAAUCCUCAAAUACCCCAACCAUGAAUUACGGUCAUCAGCAUCCCAAUGGCGGCUACCACCCCAUGCCUCCUGGACAUCCCGCGAACCAGAUGCCCCAGCUUCCUCCCAUGGGGUAUCCAGCACCAGCGCCUUUGCCAUCUAACAUGCCGCCCAACGGAAUGCCUAUGCAACAUCAACAUCACCAACCGCCUCCGCCCCCUCCAGCUCAGGCCCCUGUGCCAGCCUCCAUUUCAAAAACGGAUGAUUUGGGCAGGAAAUACGAGCUCGUCGUUGUGCAGCAGCCUCAGCGAGCGCGAAUGUGCGGGUUUGGUGACAAGGAUCGCCGGCCGAUUACCCCUCCUCCGUGUAUCAAAGUCGUCGUGCGAGAUGCGAAGACUGGCCAAGAAAUAAAUCCAAACGAUAUCGAUUCGGCACAUUACAUUAUUCAGGUUGAUUUGUGGUCAGAAGAUGGCACCCAGGAGGUGAACCUCGUUCGUCACUCUUCCAACACAGCAUCGAUAUCGACCACUCAGCCUUACUCCUACACGGCGCUGCGCGAGGACCCCAUGAAUCCGCCACCAGCGCAGCCUUACCAAGAUAUGCAACCUUAUGGAUCAGCACCCAUGGGAUACGGCCAACAACCGCCGCCGCCGCAGCCCCAACAGCACAUGAUGCCAAGCUACGGCAUGGCAGCUGGAUCCAACUAUCCUCAAUACCAGUCAACCAAUUCUCGGUUUGCGCCGGCAACUCAGUACUAUCCGCAACACGCCAACCCAGGCCCCGUGCCCUCGCAGGCGGAUAUGGCGUACGGCCAUCGCCAGUCGCUGUCCAUGGCAGCGAGCCAACCCCAGGGAAUGUUUACGAGAAACAUUAUUGGGAGUGUCAGUUCUAGUGCCUUCCGCCUCAACGACGUAGACGAUCAAGUCGGUGUUUGGUUCAUCAUGCAAGACCUGAGUGUGAGAACCGAAGGCCACUUCAGACUGCGCUUCUCAUUUGUCAACAUUGCGAAGCCCCCGGGCGCGACCAAUCCAAACGGAUCAAUGGUGAACCAGCACAAAGCCCCGAUUCUCGCUGCGACUUUCAGCGAUGCUUUCCAGGUGUACUCGGCCAAAAAAUUCCCCGGUGUCUGCGAGAGUACUCCCCUCAGCAAAUGUUUCGCAACGCAGGGCAUCAAGAUCCCCAUCAGGAAGGAGGGUGCCGCAGACGGGAAGAAGGGCGGCGACGAUGACGACGAAGCCUACCAGUAGCGCACAGAGGCGAACGAUUCGGCGCACCCCGUACGUGUGUUUUGUCCCAUGAAGAAAUCAAAGGGGCAUGGAGUUAAGGAGGUGUAAUAUCACAGCAUAAGGAUACAGUACGCACAAAAAUGGCGUAUUGGACGGUCACGUCACUGUGGUAUGAAGUGUGAUUAUUUUCCCGGCCAGUGGGAGUUUUUGCAAGCAAAGCUUGUAACUUGUAUUAAUGCUCAAUUGGAUUAUGUGCCUUUCUUUGGCGCCAGCAUGGAAAAAU